GACGCCGUGUUGAAACUCCUCUCGAACCAUUGAUGAAACGACCAACAAAAGUUCAACCAAUUCAUUUACCUCCCUUGACAACAUCAUUGUUUGUUAAACAUUAACAGAGUAUCACUUUAUAGUGCGGCAUCACCUUCCAUGACACUAGAAACGUCUUCAAAGUACUAAUUAAGUCAGACUCCGAGCGAUUGAGGCUUUACUGUGAAUUGUCUCUAGCAAACAUCAAGGCAUAACGAAACGCGACAGGGAUAUUUGCUUAUUAUUCCUAAUGGAUUCCGCACUUCUAUACUGAGAUCAGCCCCUUGAUUCAUCACACCAUCGCCCUGGUUUACGUACCUGCCGGCACGUGUGUCUCACCUACUUUUGACCUCAUUACUCCUGGCAUUCGUUUACUGUAGCAUCAAGUUUAGCUACUUUUUCCAAUGUAAUUCGCCUGCCGUCCCGCAUUUGGCAGUUCAUACAUGCACCACCUCACACAGCAGACGAUGAACCCAUGGUGCCUGCAUUAAUCAGUCAAAGCGUUUUUCAGUUUGACCGAGAUUCAUGUCCACUACCCAGGAGUGGUCAUUGUGUUGCUGCAGACGAGUCCAACUUAUACGUCAUCGGUGGCUAUGUACAAUACGAUGAUAAGCUUGUUGUGAAGGGAGAGAUUUGGCGUUACAAUUUUCUUUCUGGUGGAUGGCGAAAAAUUCACUUUGUUCGCUCAACCUUUUCAUUAGCUGCCUCGCACGCUGUCUAUCUGAUGGGGCAUACCCUAAUCAUACACGGAGGCACCGGAACUCAGUUUGGAGAGUUUAUUGACAACAGUUUGACAGUUAUGGAUUUUAAAAGUUUGGAGACGUACACGUUACCGUCCUCCUAUAAGAACGACGUCCGUGAUAUACCCAUAUCUACCUAUGGUCACACUCUAACGCAUGUGGUGCUCGACGGAGAGUCAUUUUUGUAUAAAGUAGGUGGGGUGAUGUCUACCACCUACACGAUGAAUGUUUAUCGCUACUCCAUGCUUCAGAAACACUGGGAGCGGGUUUCUCACGAGAAUGAUUUGAACGACUGGCGGCCUCCCCCCCGAUAUCGACAUGACACCGCACUUCAUGACAGAAAGCUGUAUAUUAUUGCUGGGGGAAACGCAGAUAUUACACAUCCGUUGUGGCCGAUGCCCGUUUUCGACCUGGAAUCUCAUUCAUGGUCGAAAAUCUCAUUCUCGGGGACCAGACCAGGUCUUUUACGGUACCAAAGCUCAGCCGUAGUGGGCACAACUGUCUACGUCUUCGGUGGCAUUCUGAACGAUGAAGCUAUUGGCGGUGAUGUAUACGGUCUCAACUUAUCCACCUUGACCUGUUUCAGAGUAGGUGGACAAGAAUUACCGACCUACUUCCAUUCCGUCACGUAUGUCCCUCAGUUUCAAGAAAUCUAUUGUUUUGGGGGCAAUAUCUCCAUGCGUCCGGUCACGCGAACGAAUCAACUCCAGCGCUUCCGUUUGCUACAAUAUCCCUUGGAGUUGCGGGAAUUAGCCUGGCGCCAUUUUUCUAGGUCACUCCACACCGCAUCAAGGUUAGUCUCUGGCUUGAGGACUUUGCUGGUAGCAUCAGAGAAAACACCGGACUCGCUGAACGACCUGGGCACACCAGAUAUACUGAAGACCAUUUCACGCAUAUAUGAUGGAAUACUGUCUGUGAUUUCAGAAUAUGCUCUUAAUUCUACAGACGCGAAAUCUCUUUUACCUUGGGAUCACUUCGAGAUUUCACACGCCGUUGAUACAGCUGUCAAAGCCGCCACUGUCACUCUGCUCAUACAAUUUGGCACCGGAUUAGGCUUAAUCUCCCACCAUGAUGCCCCCAAAGAAUCAGUGUUGGAUGCGCUGAUCACGUCGUUGCAAACAUCCCCCCUUCGUUUGUCAAAAUUUGUGGAGUUCUUCAGUACUAUUCAAAGGAUGUCAACCACUGAAGAAAGCACCGAUGGUGCAUGUCGACAGAAAAUGCCCUUACUCUCAUGGCAACUAUCUGCCGAUCAUCUAGUUGAUCUCUUUCGCGGCCACAUUUACGAACAACGCUCGGUCGACCUCGAGCAAUUUUGCGAACGAACAGAUCUGCCACUGCGAGGUUCUUUUGACGAAUUCUUUAUGACUGCUUUGUUGUAUGGAAUGCGCGUUCCGGACAGAUUUAUCCAUCGUUUACCCGAAGGCCUUCGUUAUCUUCAAUUCAUCCAUCUUGUGGAAGCUGCUCUGCUUCGCAUCGCACCGCAACCAGCCUAACGUUUCCCACAGCAACCUGCUCGUCUACGGAACUCAUCAGAGAUGCUGUAUAUUUCCUUAUUUAUUCGCCUACCCUGUAACCAAAAUGUAUUGGCAUAAUUUGGCAAUGGAAUCUUUUGUGUUAUUCAUCUCAAUCUCAGCUACGUAUC